UCGGAGUGGUGGGAUCCCAAGAAGAAUUAAAUCUGGACCAUUUUUGGCAGUUCAAUUUCAUUUUCAAAGAGUCAUGUUUGUCAAGCCCUUGUUGAGUCGAGCAUCGUCCCGAGCCGCGACGCUUGCGGCUCGAUCGUCCCGUGCGUUGGCACCUACCACGCGACUGGCAUCCCGAUCCUUGAGUACGGCCGUGGGAGCGCAGUUGCAAGCCUUGACGACGGAAUAUCCGCACUUGGAUGUCGUUCGAUACGAACACAAGAAUCGCGUCUGGAGUUUGCAGCAUGUGCAGUACUAUUCCGAUGCACUGGCGAUCGGUCUGAUGGAAAACAAUUUGCAACCCGGGGAUGUCGUGCUUUCCUGGUUGCCCGAACAUUUUUCCGAACAGAUGGUAUUGCAGUUCGCCUGUGCCAAGUCUGGCCUAGUCUUGUACACGCUGGAUCCGAUGCUCGCUACCACCGACCGAGAGAAGGCGAAAGAAGCUUUGGCCAAGGCUUUGGAAAUCACCAAGGCCAAUGUAUUGGUUUCCCAAGAAGCUGGAAAUGACGUGAAUUACAUUAGCUUGGGACACAGUGUGAUUCCCGAACUGCGCAUUUUCGACUUUAGUCUGGGCAUACCCUUUAUUACACCGCGAUUUCCGCAUUUACGCUUUCCGAUUCACACAGGUUUUGAUCAGGACGAUAAAGAAGGGUGGCUGCCUUUGCGUCACAUGGUAGUACCAUCAGGAAACCUAGAAACCUUUGUGGACCCUGCCAAAAUCUCGAAGGAUACGCCUUUGGCGGGAGAGUUGCUUAUCGGUGCAGAUGGAGUUCCCACCGGUGUAGGCAAGACGUUGUCGAACGAACAAGUGGUCAAGAACAAAAUCUGGCCAACUUUUGCCAAGGUUUUGGCCAAGGAAUACCACGAAAUUAAAGGCGUGGGUGUCGUCUUUUAGCAUAAACACUAAGUAUCAGCGUGGCGUGCCGC